AUGUGUUUUGGCGGCCGCAGCAAAGCCGACGAGGAUGUCGCCCGGUCACGAGAGCUUGACAAGGCCAUCCGCGCCGACGAGAAGCGCAUGUCGCGCGAGGUCAAGCUUCUGCUGCUCGGCGCCGGCGAAUCCGGCAAGUCCACUGUCCUGAAGCAGAUGAAGCUCAUAUACGCCAAGGGCUUCAGCAAGAACGAGAGGCUCGAGUGGAAGCCUGUCGUUUUCAACAACAUUAUCCAGUCCUUCCGCCUCAUCUACGAUGCCAUGGCCGAGCUGGACAUUGGGUUUUCCGACCCGGAGAACGAAAAGAACAUUAAGCAAAUUCUCGUCGAGUUCGAGCUGGGCGCCAACGACCCGCUACCCACCGACUAUCUCGAGCCCAUCAAGACGCUGUGGAAGGACGAUGGCGUCCGCCGCGCAAUUGCAAAAGGCAACGAGUUUGCUCUGCACGACAACCUGGACUACUUCUGCGAGGACCUUGACCGCAUCUGGGACCGCACCUACGUACCAAACGACCAAGAUCUGCUGCGCUCGCGCUUGCGAACAACGGGCAUCACCGAGACCGUCUUUGACCUUGGCCAGCUGACCUACCGCAUGUUCGACGUUGGCGGCCAGCGCUCGGAGCGCAAGAAGUGGAUCCACUGCUUUGAGAACGUCAACUGCCUGCUCUUCCUGGUCGCCAUUUCUGGCUACGACCAGUGCCUUGUCGAGGACAAGGAUGGGAACCAGAUGAGCGAAGCGCUCAUGCUGUGGGAGUCGAUCGCCAACUCGCACUGGUUCACCAAGUCGUCUCUCAUUCUCUUCCUCAACAAGAUGGAUCUGUUCAAGGAGAAGCUGCCCAACAGCCCCAUCGCGGAGCACGGCUUCACCGACUACUCUGGCCCUGCCGCCGACCCCAAGCAAGUCAGCAAAUACUUCAUGGACAAGUUCCGUGCCCUCAACCGCAACCCGGACAAGGAAAUCUACGGGCACUUUACCAACGCCACCGAUACCAAUCUGCUCAAGAUCACCAUGGGCUCUGUCCAGGAUAUGAUUAUUCAGCGAAAUCUGAAGCAGCUCAUACUAUGA